CAUAAACAAGCGGCCGUGUAGUAUAAGAAAAUAUGCAGAGGGCAAUAGAGGAAAGAAAGUUAGCUCGAAGAUUCUUUAAUGGCGCAGUAAGUAAGUUAGAAGAAUCUUUAACUAACAGAGAUAAAGAUGCCUCCGAAACCAGUUUUACUAAUCUUACCGCCAGAUACAAAACGUUGAAAGCUGUUAACAGUAAAAUACUAGAUUCAUGGCUAGAUAUGGUAGACAGAGACGAAAGCGAAUAUGACAAGGAUAUUAAAUCAAUAGAGCAGUACGAUGAUAUAUGGUUUUCGAUGCAACAAAAAUAUAAAAAUGCAUUUAAUAAAUGCAAAAGUAAUAUUGGAACUGAAUUUCAAACGAGUUACGUCGAAGAUACCGUUGUGAAAAAUAUCUGGCGGUUUCCUCGUUAUGAUGGUGAUGUGAAGAAGUGGAUAGGCUUCUGGGGGAAGUUCCAAAAGAUCGAUGAAGAUUCCAGCAUAGAUGAAAUUAUGAAGUUCCAGUAUCUGCUGCAAUCGAUGGAACCAGGAUCUCCUGCCGCUUCACUAGUAGAAAGCCUUUCUCCUAACUAUCAGAAAGCUGUAAAACAACUUAAAGAACGAUAUGGUCGUGAUGAUCUUUUGAUUGAAAUAUAUGUUCGUGAGCUGUUGACAUUAGUUCAGGAUCAAUCAAGAGGGACUGCUACGCGAAUUGGAGUAUUAUAUGAUAAACUUAAAACUCAACUGCAUGCUUUAGAUAGUUUGAAUGUCACUACUAAUAAAUACGCAUCUAUGUUACGUCCUUUAGUCGAAUCCACUCUGCCCAUAGAACUGCUUUGUAUUUGGAAACAGACUGAAUCUUGUGAAAAGGAUCAGUCUGACUAUUUUAUUAAACUUCUUAACUUCAUUAAACAAGAAGUCGAGAGCGAUGACCGUUUUAAUAUUUCUGAUUUAGUCAGAGUAGAUUAUGGUCAGAGUAGUUCUUAAAAAUGUACUGCCUCAGAUCAACAAAGGUCAUCAUCAUAAUAAUGAAAUACAUAAAUCUAAAAUACAACAACUGGACAAUGAAACGGAAGACGACCAUUUAGAAAUAGAACUUCCAGCUGUUAACUUAUGUUAAUAAGAAACAUAUAUUAUAUUAUUAUUAUACAUUUAUUACUAACCUUUGUCGUUUCGACUACGCUGUCAAAAAAGUAGGUUUAUAAGGUUUUACUGAAUGCUGUAGUUAUUUAUUUUAUAUUGUGUCUGUAUUAUAAUCAUUUAUUAACAAAUAUAUAACAUUCAUAUUUAAUUAAAUAAUAGCUGUAAGAGAUUGCUUUUAGCGAUAAGACCGUUUUGUAAUUACUUUACUAUUUACUGUAUUUUUUUAUUGUUUCA